AUGUUAUCGCCUUGGAUCUUUGAGCAGCUCACUGAUGAUGAAUACCCUGUACUACUCGUACCUUCUACUUUGACUACAAAACGAAAUCUGGCUGAAGGCAACUACUCACUUCGGGCUGCUGCAGGAGAACAUUCUUUGGAUAUUGCUAUCGAGAACUUUGGUGUUUACGAAUUUAUCCGUGAUCAACCCCUCUUGAUAAUAGACCAUAUGAGAGCAAGCGUUAUGCACAGUGAUCAUCACUUUCCUCCUGUCAUUGAAGAACUUGAAAGGGUGCAUGUUAAAGAAGAAAAAGUGCAAAAAGCUCUUUGCUCCGAGGCUCUUUUUGCUUUCUGGCUAAACCGCGAUAUCAACAAUAAUGUUGCAGGAGAAGAGAUGACAUUAUGUGGGACUAAUCCUGCUCAUUACAAGGGUUCCAUCGCCUGGGAGCCACUCGUGUCUGAAGACUAUUGGCGCAUCAAGCUUGGAGCCGUCACAAUCGACGGGACCACAUACACCAACGGACCAGUUGACUCCAUCGUUGACACUGGUACAUCGCUUUUCACUGGGCCCACAGACGCGAUCAAGAAGGUAAGCCAAAACGGUCAAACUACGUGCCUGUCUGGAUUCAUGGGUCUUGAUAUCCCUGCACCAAAUGGACACCUUUGGAUUCUUGGAGAUGUCUUCAUCGGAAUAUUCUAUUCCGUUUUUAUAGCGAAACAGACGCGUUGA